AUGGAAUAUAAGGGAAUAUCGCAGCAUAUAGAUUUUUGUCGUCUGCCUACACCAGGCGGUAGAUAUGAAUUAACACAAGUUCUUGGUGUUGGAACUUAUGGUGAAGUCUAUAGAGCAAAAGACAAAAUUACUGGAAAGCAGGUUGCUAUUAAGGUGCUCGAAACGAUAGCUGAGAAUUUAGAAGAAAUUGAAGAAGAAUUUUUGGUUUUGAGGGAUCUUAGCAAUAAACAUCCAAACUUACCAUUCUUUCAUGGAAUCUUCCUUAAGAAGAGCAAAAAUAAAGAUGAUGAUCAACUGUGGUUUGUCAUGGAAUUGUGCCGUGGAGGCUCAAUUACUGAUAUGGUCCAUGAAUUAAAGUCCAAAAGUCAAUGUUUAAGUAGCAAUACAAUAGCUUUCAUACUAAGAGAGACUCUAGAUGCAUUAGCAUUUUUGCAUGAAAAUCACUGCAUGCAUCGUGACAUUAAAGGACAUAACAUCUUAUUAACUGAGGAAGGAAACAUAAAGUUGGUAGAUUUUGGUGUAAGCUCUCAUUUAGCAGUGACACUAGCGAGAAGAAACACAUCCGUUGGAACUCCAUACUUUAUGCCACCAGAAGUCAUAGCAUGCGAGCAGCAAUUGAAUCAAAACUAUGAUUCUCGAUGUGAUGUUUGGUCUUUAGGAAUAACGGCAAUUGAGCUCGCUGAAGGUGAGCCACCUCUGUCAUCUUUACAUCCAAUGAAAGCACUUUUUGAAAUACCGCGAAAUAAGCCUCCAGAAUUGACUCAUAAAGAAAGAUUUUCGCCACUUCUAUCAGAUUUCAUUUCUGCAUGCUUAGUCAAAGACUUUGAAAAGAGACCGUUUGCACGAGAAUUGCUGAGACAUCCAUUUUUUAAAAACAUUGAUGUUAUUAAAGCGAAAAAAGAGUUGUGUACUUACAUCAACAAAAAGAAACAAACAGAACAUAAUAAGAAGAGUGGAGAUGAGAGAGGUGAUAUUACUGUCAAAUUUAAUAAUGUCAAGAAAAAUUUAGAGGCAAAAUCAAAACAACUUGAUGAUGACUUAGCAAUGUUGGAAUCAGUUUCUGAAACAAUUAUUGUUGAUUCUUUGAAUGAACGUUUUGAGAGUACUCAGAUUUAUACUUAUAUUGGAGAUAUUCUAAUCGCCUGUAAUCCGUUUGAACAUUUACCACUUUACACUCCGCAUUAUCAACAGAUGUAUUGUAAAAAGACUCGAUCAGAAAAUCCACCACAUGUUUUUGCGAUAGCUGAUGCAGCUUUUAGUAAUUUGAUGCAUGAAAAGCAGAAUCAAACUAUUGUUAUCAGUGGAGAAAGUGGAAGUGGAAAAACGGAAUCAGCAAAUUUGCUUCUAAAGCAGCUUGUUUAUUUAGGAAAAGAAUCAUUUAGAAACUUGGAAGAUAAAAUUUUGAAAGUUAAUCCUAUCAUGGAAUCAUUUGGUAAUGCACGAACUGGAAUCAAUUCAAAUAGCAGUCGUUUUGGCAAGUAUCUGGAGCUAUUCAUUGGUAGCACUGGAAAACUGAAUGGUGCCAGAAUAUCUGUAUAUUUACUUGAACAGAGUAGGGUAGUAAAACAAGCUGUGAAUGAAGGAAAUUUUCACAUAUUUUAUUAUUUCUAUGAUGGAUUACAAAAAGAGAAUCGCCUUGAAGACUAUUAUUUAAAUGAAUCACACAGAAGUCAUCAUAACUACCUUAAACAUCCAAUAAAUUCACCGAAAAUCAAUCAAGAAAAAUGGAAGUUAUUAAAAACAAGUUUCAAAGUUGUUGGAUUUAAAGAUGAAGAUUUAGAUUCAAUCUAUAGAACACUUGCAGUUAUAAUCAAUUUGGGUGAUAUUGAAUUUGGUGAAAUGGUCACUGGUGAUAAUACAGAUAAUAAAGCCUGUGUUAUUGAUAUGGCACCUUUGCUUCGUGUAUCACACUUGCUGGGUGUUGAUAAAGGAGAUUUACAUGAUUGCUUAACAUCUAAUGCUGUCGUUAUGAGAGGUGAAACUAUAAUUAAAAAUAAUACAAUUCAAGAAGCUUCUGCGACACGUGAUGCAAUGGCUAAAUCUCUUUAUGGUCGUUUAUUUGAUUGGAUUGUUAAUCACAUUAAUACUCUCCUAAUCUCUAAUACUCAAUUAAAUCAAUUAUCAAUUGGUUUACUAGACAUAUUCGGUUUUGAGAACCAUGCUGCAAACUCUUAUGAACAAUUGAUGAUUAACAUUGCUAAUGAGCAGAUCCAAUAUUAUUUCAAUCAGAAGAUAUUUUCAUGGGAACAACAAGAAUACAUGUCAGAGGGAAUUCCGAUUAAUCUGAUUGAAUUUUCUGACAACAGUCCGGUUUUGGAUUUAUUACUAUCAAGACCGUUAGGACUAUUAUCAUUGAUUGAUGAAGAAAACCGUUUUCCGAAAUCGUCUGAUAGAACAUUAAUAGCUAUAGCUAUGCAUGCAACACAUCGAGAAUUCUUUCCUAUUUACAAACUUAUUCCAUUUCCGUAUUUCUUUAAAGACAAAUUUCAUGCAGUCAUUAAAUCAAAAUAUUACCAAAAACCAAAGUCAAAUGUGUUAAGCUUUGCAAUACAUCAUUAUGCUGGGCGUGUAGUAUACAAUGCAGAGGGGUUUCUGGAAAAGAACAAAAACUUUUUACCACCGGAAGUAGUGCAGUUAAUUCGAGGAAGUCAAUAUGACACAAUUCGAUUCUUGUUCCAAUGCCCUGUUACUAAAACAGGUAACUUGUACUCAGCAUUAUCCGAGAAUAUUCAAGUAAACGAUAAUAAAUGCGACUCGAAGGAGAAAUACAAUAGCAGAGGAAUUUCGUCACAAUCAAGGGUACAACAGACAAUGGCUACGUAUUUCAAGUAUUCUCUCAUGGAUUUACUGCAGAAAAUGAUAGCAGGCUCACCGCUAUUCAUAAGAUGCAUCAAACCCAAUGACAUCAAAGGUCCAAAAUAUUUUGAGAAAGAAAAGGUAUUGAAACAGUUACGCUACGCUGGAUGCUUUGAAGCUAUUCGAAUUCGAAAUAAUGGCUUCAGUCAUCGAAUACAAUUUGCUGAUUUCUUAAAGAAAUAUUGCUUCCUUGCAUUCAAAUUUGACGAACGUGUUGUUGUUAGUCGUGAAACGUGUAAAUUUCUAUUAGAACGUUUAAAGAUUGAAGGAUAUGCUUUAGGAAAAUCUAAAGUAUUUUUAAAAUAUUUCCAUGUCGAGCAAUUAUCAAAAAUGUAUGAGGAACGGAUACAAAAAAUUAUCAUUGUUCAAUCAUUUGCAAGAAGAUGGCUAGCUAUAAGGAAGACAAAAAAAUUACGGCAAGAACAUAACAAGAAAUUAUGGAAGUUACAAAAAAAUGUUCGCGGUUUGAUGAAUAAGAAAAGAAAUAAUGAUCUUCAUGAUUUAGUGCUACAUAAAGUUUUCCUAGAUGAUAAAAAUGAGCAGGCUAGACGAAGGAAAUCAAAUACAAAAGUGGAAGUUGAGGACAAGAUACAUAUGAUUAUGAAGAAGAAUGUUUCUAGUGCUGAAGAAAAGAGGGUGCUUCAGAAAGAGAAUCUCAGUGAUGAUGACAUUUUAAAGAUCAUUAAGAAAUCUGGAAAAUCAAAGAAGGAACGGAACGUGAGAGAUGACGAGAAUAUCACAUCCGCUAGUAGACUUAAACCACUGUCAGUAAAAGAACAGCAACUGAAACUUGCAGAAUUUUCUGAAAAUAUCCAUAAUCGGAAUAAAGACAUUCACAACAAAUUGCGUAUAUCCAAACGCGGUAUUCCACUGUUGAAAAUUGGAGAAAUGCCAGCUGAUUACAGAAGGCCUCCAGGUUUUGAACUUAUCCCAGGACUUUUGGGGAAAUUUUCACAAAAUGACAACAGAUUAACAAGUUUUUCCAAUAUAACGCAAGAUCAUGCAUUUAAUAAAUCCAAUGACAGAGACAUGGAGAACUUUGCAAGAAACAUAUCAGGAAAUAUCAAUUUUAAGCCUUUCAAUUAUCUCAUACCCAAUGCUAAAAGCUACGAUUUAAGUGAUUCAAAGAAAUCUCAGCUCGAAAGUAAAAUUAAAUUAUUACUGAAUAGUCAUGAGCAUUUUAGUAAAAAUGCACUAAAUUAUGUAAUGAAAGGAAAUGCUUCAAUUUGUGAUUCGAAUUGCUCAUCAGAUACAAAUUUGGACAAUUCAAGACGAAUACAUUGUGAUUUAAAGAAUGGAGUGUUUUUAAGGAAGAGCAUAUCCGAUGAUUACUCAAACGAGAAGAAAAUUGAUCCCUACAAAAAAUUAGAAAGUCUUAAUCUCCUCAAAUUAAUUAGCUUUAAUGUUCAUGACAGUCCUUCAGAAACCCCUAAUUCAUCAAGAAACUCAUCUGUUAAAAGGCUUAUGGAAAAGACAAUCAUUAACGAUGGAUCACAAAAAUUUGAAGAAAAUACAUGUUCACAUUUGGGACCAUACAACUUUCGAAUGCUAUUGAGAUCAACAGAUUAUGCUCCGACCGAAAGUUUAAGGAAGAGAAAAAUUAUAUUUGCAUCACGAUUUCCUGACAAGAAUUUAAAGUUUUAA